GUGUAUGCUAUCAUUCAUACAAUAUACACUAGGAAUCAUGAGUAGCCUGGGUAACGGCAACAAUCAGCACAACAUCAACAGCAACACCGGAAGCAGCCAAAAUUCGGCCGCCGAAGGCACAAUGGAGCGCGGAAGCUGCAUCCUGGUACGUUAUGCAAGCCAAAACUCGCUGGACGAAAGCUCCCAGAAGCAGCUGCCACGCUCAAAUGGAAAGGAAAAAACGACCGGAGCGUACCGUAACAACAUCCACACUCAGCGUUCGUUCGAGGCCAUGAACAUGAUGCGAGAACAAAAUCUUCUCUGCGAUGUCGUACUGGUAGCGGAAGGUAUAGAAAUUCCUGCCCACAAAAUGGUGCUUGCAUCCUGCAGUCCGUACUUCUACGCCAUGUUUACCGGGUUUGAGGAAAGCCGGCAGGACCGUAUCACACUGCAAGGUGUCGAUCCGCGCGCCCUACAGCUACUGAUCGAGUACGUGUACCGUGCGGUAGUCGAGGUGACGGAAGAUAACGUACAGAUUCUCCUAACUGCGGCCAAUUUGCUGCAACUGACCGAUGUGCGGGACGCGUGCUGCGACUAUCUGCAAACACAGCUUGAUCCGAGCAAUUGUUUGGGUAUUCGUGACUUUGCCGACAUUCACGGAUGCAUUGAUUUGCUAAAUUAUGCUGAAACUUACAUCGAGCAGCAUUUUUCGGAGGUUGUGCAAUUUGACGAGUUUCUGAAUCUUACCAGCGAUCAAGUGGCGCAUCUGAUCAAGAGCGAUCGUUUAUCGGUUCCAACAGAGGAAAAGGUGUACGAAUGCGUCAUUACCUGGAUACAGUACGAUGUGAAUGGCCGCCAGCAUCAUCUAGCCGAGCUAAUGGAGCACGUCCGCUUACCCUUGCUCUCCCAGGACUAUCUCGUACAGUACGUCGAGAAGGAGCAGCUCAUGAAGGGUGAUCUCCAGUGCAAGGAUUACAUUAUCGAAGCGCUCAAGUAUCAUCUGCUUAAAGGCGAACAGAAAACAUGCUUCAAAACUCCUCGAACCAUUCCCCGGCAACCGGUCGGAUUGCCGAAAGUACUGCUCGUCAUUGGUGGCCAAGCACCGAAAGCGAUUCGUUCGGUCGAAUGUUACGAUCUGCGGGAGGAAAAGUGGUACCAGGUGGCCGAAAUGCCGACACGCCGCUGUCGGGCUGGAUUGGCUGUGUUGGGUGAUAAAGUUUAUGCUGUCGGAGGCUUCAAUGGAUCGUUGCGGGUGAAAACCGUCGAUGUUUACGAUCCGGUGCUGGAUCAGUGGACAACAAGUCACAACAUGGAGGCCCGCCGUUCAACGCUUGGUGUUGCGGUACUUAAUAACUGCAUUUACGCUGUUGGUGGUUUUGAUGGAUCAACGGGACUAAGUUCGGCGGAAAUGUUUGAUCCGAAGCGGCAAGAGUGGCGGUUGAUUGCUUCGAUGUCGACGCGCCGUAGUUCGGUGGGGGUUGGUGUGGUAAAUGGAUUGCUUUACGCCGUUGGUGGAUAUGACGGAGCAUCGCGACAGUGUUUAGCAUCCGUGGAAAGAUAUAAUCCGUCUACCGACACCUGGACACAGAUCGCUGAGAUGUCUGCACGACGCAGCGGAGCCGGUGUUGGAGUGCUGGAUAAUAUUCUCUACGCGGUGGGAGGUCACGAUGGACCAUUGGUAAGGAAAUCUGUUGAAGCGUAUGAUCCGGCGACAAACACGUGGCGUGCGGUAGGUGAUAUGGCAUUCUGUCGUCGGAAUGCGGGUGUGGUUGCCCACAACGGAAUGCUGUAUGUGGUCGGCGGUGAUGAUGGCCUGUCGAAUCUGGCAUCGGUUGAGGUUUAUAGCCCAGAGUCGGAUAGUUGGCGCAUACUGCCGUCAUCGAUGAGCAUCGGUCGCAGCUAUGCUGGUGUGGCAAUGAUAGAUAAGCCCUUGUGAAGCGAGCAGCAGGGCGCACGGGUCGCCACCAAACAAUCCUACUCUUCCCAACACCAUACCACCGGUACUAUCUACUCCCGGUACGCGAACUGUUCCGCCCUGCAGCAGGUGCAGAAUGAGGCGGCCGCAGGUUUGGCAGCCGCAGGAUUCGGUAAUGACGAUGAAAACAGCCAGGCGGAAGGACUCAAUCCGGAACCUUCGAAUAGCAACCAUAACGUGGCGAAUGGAAAUAAUGUACAUUACGAGAACAUUUACGAAUCGAUCGAACAGUUUGCGCCCUUAAACGGUGUUGGUGGUAAUGGUGGAAAUGGUGGUGCCCAUGCGGGUAUCCCUGCUGGUUCGAAUCCCUUGCAGCAUGCAGCUUUGAAUCAACCGCAACCGGGACCUUCUGGGCUCGCUUCCGGACAAGCGCAUCGUUCUCUUAAUGGUGGUGGGGAUAGAGGAGCGGUUGGUGGUGGUGCCGUUGGGGGAUGUAUCCCACCGCCACCUCCAAGUAUGCUGCACAGCAUGCAACAACUAUACCAUCCGAUGGCGUACCGGAAUGAGCUUUACGAUCGAACGGCUGGAUAUGACGUUCCGCGUGGUCGUCCAGCUCCUAGCUACUACCAGAAUCAACCUCCAGCAGGACCUUCGUCCAGUGGACGAUACCCGAAUCUUCAUCUCGAUUUAAAUCGUGUUCGUUAUCCUUCGGGAUCAUCAGCGCAACAACAACAAAGGACACCACGUCAGAGGAGUUUUGAUGACACAGAAUCCUACCACUAUUAUCGGUGUCAAAAUCAAUCGAACGGAAUAGCAAAGUACGAUAACUUGUACGAGCGUGUAAGAGAGGAACCGGCCUAUCAAAACACAGGAUCCUUCGCACCGGCAGUCAACCGAGCUGCGGGUCUCUUUGGACGGUUCGAUGUGAUUGGACAUGGUGUCGGGCGUAUUGAGCGACAUCUGAGCUCGUCCUGCGGUAAUAUUGAUCAUUAUAGUCUCGGUGGACACUACGCUGUGCUGGGGCACAGUCAUCUUGGAACGAUGGGACACAUUCGCUUAAAUCAAUCGAAUAGUAGCGCGUCCAGCAAUACUCCUUACGGUGCGAAUGGGACAUCGAAUGGGACUUCCCAACCAAAUUCCUCCAAGGACUCGUCGUCGGUGAAUGUAAAGAGCUUUUUCAGCUGUCUUGGUGGAGAGAACUCUCAGUCGAUGAAUAAUCUGAAUAAAUCCUCUACCGCUAAUGGAACUUCGAAUGGUGGUGCGGUUGCGGCGAAUGGAAAUGAAGGGAUAUUGCCAGGACCAGGAGUUUCUGGAGUAUCUUCAGGAGGAAUAGGAGGAGGUGGAGCAGGAUCAUCAGGAGGAAACAGUGGACAAGGAUCAAGCAUUAUGGGUGGAUUAGCAAGUGCUGCUGCUGUUGUUAAUGGCGCUGGAUCGAGUGCAAGCACGUUGGGAGGCAAAUCAACCGGUGCGAUUCCGAAGAUAAGUCGAAAGUCGAAACAAUCGCAACAGGGUUCUUCGGAACAGAUGUCUGGAGGUUCUGCCCAACCACCACUUGCCGUCGGGAAUGGAUUAUCACCUCCAGUGGAUGUCUCCAUUGGAGGAGGGUCCGAUCCAAUGUACGCGAAUGCAUGUGGAGGACGUGUUACGAAGCCGUCCCUGCAGUGGUUACUCGUAAACAAGUGGCUACCUCUGUGGGUUGGACAAACACCUCCAGAUUACAAGUUUAUCGAUUUUAACUUUAUGUUUUCGCGAAACUGUGACGGUUGUUCGUCAGCAGGUGGAUCCCAUGGUCAGCAACAGCAACAGCAGCAAGAACUCGUACGUUACGGAUUGUUCGAUCAAGCCGAUUAUAUUCCUCCAGCUCGAGAGUAUCCUACCAUGACCGGCAGUUACCCCCGAGUGCUCCGAAAUACACCGCAACUCGCUCGUCUACGUGAGCAUGAGUAUGAGAACGUUCCGGUAAAUGAUCCACCCGCUCGAGGACUGCGAGGAAUGUCUCCUCUUCAACUUGGCCGUGCACGUUCCGAGAGUCCUAGUCGAGCUUCCGGAUCGGAUCCACUUCGUACGUGGGCUUUCAAUUUCGAAAACAACACCUUCCGUCCAGCUCGAAGUCCAGCACUAACGACCUCCUCCAGUUUGGCCAUUAAUACACGCGAAAAGCCGCGUGAAGUUCGUCGAAUCACCGACGGAACCUUCGGCGCACGAGAUCUUGCACAAAUCGACACGGAAAGGCCUGGCCCGAGUGGAUUGGCGAGCAAGUUUGCCAUCUUGAAGCAACCCGAACCGGACAAGGACGAUGGACGUUUGUCGUCGGCAUCUUCAUCGUCCGAUUCGGACAACUUUGCAAUCGAAUCACUUGCCGCCGAAUCUGGUGGACAGCCGGAAGAGGAGGAAGAGGAUGAUGGUAGUACCCGGUCGGCGGAUGCUCGUCCGGAAGAUGGUGGUCGUGUUGGGGGAAAUUCGAACGAGAAGGAAACCGUUGGUUCCUCCUCGAAUGAUACGUCCGAUUCGCUCAAUUAUGAUGGACCGGAAACAGCGGAUCGAUCACUAUCGGAGGAUGAAGUUGAGGCCACACGUCCGGAUAAUACGACAGCGAAAUAAGU